AUGGAAACUGAUGCCGCCGCAGAUUUGGACAUCCAGGCCUCCGGAUCCGAAUUCGAUGACUCUGCCCUCUCCUCCCAGCUCGAGUCCCCCGCUCGGAGGGUGCGUAGCCGUCUCCAGCGCCUGGCUCACUCCUCUCCUGCCGCCUCGGCUUCGCUGGUCCGGCUCCCGACACCAGCAUCGCCACCGGGGCGCCAGCGCCAACCCGGCCGCUCUCCGGAUCCCAGCCUCCGCCCUCGAGCUGCUCGAGCGCCCAGGGUCCCGCCUGGUCGCGGAAGCCGUUCGCCUACGCCCAGCCGAGGCCGCCGGCCCCGCGGUUCCAGCCGCUCCGACCGCCGCCUUCGAUCUCGCCGAGACUCCUCCCCGGCCCCCCUCCGUGGGUCCGUGCGCUCCCCCGCUCUGCGUGGUAGCCCCGCCCGGCGGCUCUACAGCUCCGAUACCGUUUACCAGCUCCGGUGCGAGCUGCGUAGACGGGGCCUCCGAUUCUUCUCGUCUGCAAGGAAAGCCGAGCUCAUCCAGCAGCUCUGCAUCGACGAUGAUCGCUGCCGCUCAUCCCCCGCCCGGCGUGCCGCCAUCGCGCCCUCUCUCUCCAGCGGCGGCGACGGUUCGAGUCAAGCCCCCACUCCGGUCUACCCAGCCCCGGCUGCCUCCCCUCUGGCCGCCCAUGGCCUCGCCGGCCCGGCUCCUGCCGCCUUCGUUGCCGCGCCACAGGGGCUCACGGUGCCGGCCCGCUUUCCUCCCCCCCUCCUCCCCGGAUACACGCCUCCAGCUCCCCUCCUGGCCACGGAUUCGACCGUGCCCCCCGGCGGCUGCCCUCCUCCGGCCCCCGGCGCUUUCCGCCUGCCUAGCUACACCCUCGGCUCCGCCGGCAUGCUGCCUCCUCCUCCCCACGCCGGGGUCAACGAUCCCCCUCCGGUGUCCCUGACGCUCCGUCACCAGAUCCUGGCAGGUGCGGACGUGGACCUUUCCUCUCUCCUCUCUCUCUUCCCCGACCAAGGCCAUCGGAGGGAUGUCGACUGCGGGUCCGUUAUAGUGUCCUUGAAAUCUACCGGUCCCGCCUCUCGGGUCCUGUCGUUCACCGAGUUCGUGGUCGCCUUCUCCCGCUACACCGACGUGAUCUGCUCCGUCUUUCCCCACCGCCAACGCGAGCUCAACGAUUACCUCGCCGUGGUGGCAGGGCUCGCUGUGUCCUAUGGCGGCGCCCAUUUUUACACUUACCACCGGCUCUUCUCGGCCAAAUGCGCGGCCCGUGUCAGCUCCUGGAACCAAUGCCCCUACUGGGGCGCCCUCGACCUGGAGCUGCACAGCCGCGUGUUUCUAAACGUGCAGCUGUCCACCUGCGCAGUUUGCUGCGCCUCUGACCACCGCUCGGCCGACUGCCCCAUGGUCGAGGGUAACAAGCCGCGCUCGUCCGCUCCGAAGGCUGUCACGAAGUCCACGGCAGCCGUGCCUACUCAUUCCCAGUCCGCCGGGGCGCUUGAAGACCGCCAGGGGCAUGACGUGUACCCCCGCCAAGUGUGUCAUCGUUUCAAUGUAUCAAAUUGUACGUUGUCCAACUGCCGUUUUUUGCAUGUCUGUAAUUUUUGUGCCGGCGCCCACGCCCGCCUCGUGUGCCCCGUGUACAAGCCUGCCAAUAAAAGACUGCGUCAAAGAUAUUUGAAGUCUCCUAUCGUGGUGUCUGCCUUAGCCGCCGAACUAGCUAGCCACCCCGACAGGGAAUUCACUUCCUAUCUGCUGUCCGGUUUGACCCAAGGGUUCCAUCCCGGCAUUUCCGCCAUGCCCACUACAUCAUUUGUUUGCGACAAUCUCUUGUCAGCCGUCAACGACCCCAGCGUCGUGUCCGAGCUCCUGGCUUCUGAGGUCAAGUCGGGGUUUAUGAUCGGGCCAUUUUCCACCCCUCCGUUUCCAAGCUACCGCGUGAACCCCAUAGGCGUAGCUACUCGUAAGUACUCGGGAAAAAAGCGGCUCAUCGUGGACCUGUCUGCUCCCCACAACAUCCUGGUCCCAAGUAUUAACUCCCUCAUUCCCAUAGAGGAUUACUCAAUGAGCUACCAGACCGUGGAUGACGCCGUGCGCCUGGUCAAACUGGCCGGUCGCCACAGCUGGCUGUUCAAAGCCGACAUAACCGCUGCUUUUAAGGGCUUGCCGAUUGACCCCGAUUUUUGGCACCUUUUCGGUGUCAGUUGGCGCGGUCUGUUUUAUUUUGCCGUUCGCUUGACCUUCGGCUGCCGCAGCAGCCCGAAAAUUUUCGACACUCUCUCCGAAGCAUUAUGUUGGAUUUUAUCGAACAACUAUGACACUAAGCUUUUGGUUCAUCUCUUGGACGACUUCCUCACUGUCACGCCUCCGACUGACCACCCCUCCGCUGGCCGCGAGAGGGUGCUCGAAGUCUUCGGGAAACUCGGCGUACCGAUUUCUGAAGAGAAGACCUGCGGUCCCGUCCACUCCCUGGAAUUUCUGGGUAUCAUCGUGGACUCGUCCGGAUUCUUCACCGCGCUGCCCAAGGAGAAAGUGGAUCGGAUCAUCACGGCCAUUGACGGGUUCCUCACUACCCCCUCUACGAACAAGCAGGCACUGUUGUCGCUGUUAGGUCACGUGAACUUCGCAAUGCGCGUCAUCCCUCAGGGUAGGGCUUUCGUUUCCAACCUCCUGACGACGGCUCAUUCCGUCCCCGCCCUGGAUGACCCCGUCUCCCUGGACGCGCACUGCAUGAAGGACUUGGAGAUGUGGCGCAUGUUUCUCCUGCAAUGGAACGGUCAUUCUAUGUUCUACGAAGACCACCUCUCUUCUCCGGAGGAUAUCCGGCUUUUCACCGACGCUGCACCCUCGGUCGGGUUCGGGGGUUAUUACGACGGGCGCUGGUUCGCCAGCCCGUGGCCGCCCGAGCUUUCUGAUUUGUCACCGGACAUGGCUUCAUCGGCCGCGUUCGAGAUGUACCCUGUCGUCAUUGCCGCGCUGCUCUGGGGCAGUUCCUGGUCCGGGAGGAACAUCCUCGUCUAUUGCGACAAUGAAGCGGCCGUCUUCGCCAUCAACAAGUGUCGCUCUCGCGCUCCACUGAUGUCUCGGUUUCUGCGCCGCUUAGUCUGGACCGCCGCCUGUCACCAGUUUACUCUCACCGCCGCUCAUGUCCCUGGUACCCAUAAUGGCAUCGCUGACUCGCUGUCCCGUUUGUCGUUUCAGAGAUUCAGGACGUUGGCACCCGAUGCGGACCCGGACCCGACGCCCGUGCCUCCAUUCUCGGACGCAGUCUUUCUGUGACGCACCCUCUUCAUUACCUCCAGAAUCACGCUUUACGCCUGACUCUGGACGCCAUGGCACCGCGGACUCUGCAAUCCUACUGGACCGCGUGGUGCUGCUUUAAAACAUUUCAUCUCGGUCAUGCAAUCCCGUUCCCCUCUUUUUCUCCUCUAACUGUCUCCUCGUUCGCUACGUUCGCUAACAUCACUCUGAAACUCCGGUGCUCCACAAUCAGAAGAUACCUGGCGGGCGUCCAUUUUUUCUGUAAACUGAUAUUUGGCUCACCCUGCGAGUCAUUUUCACACCCGCACGUUGCCCUUUUGCUUAAGGGCAUACGUAAGGCGGAACCGCCUGCCCCGGACAAGCGGCUCCCCAUCACGGCCGAAUUGCUUGCUGCCUGCCUGGCAGUCCUGAGACGCGGCUUUCUAUCCCCCCACCUGGACAUCACUUUGGCUGCCAUGUUUAUCUUAGCGUAUUUCGGGCUACUCAGACGCAGCGAAUUCACCACUAGCAGCGCCUCAUUUAACCCACUCAUCCAUCCUCGAGUCUGCGACCUCCGCGUUAUUGACGCCGAGUCUAUCCGAUACAUCGUCAAAUUUAGCAAAACCGACCAGCUGGGUAAAGGCCACGCCGUUCUCAUUUACAACGUGGCUUCCCAUCUCCAGCCCUAUCAGAUCCUGUCCCGGUACAUCGCUUAUCGUUCAUCCUCCGCCGCCUCCCGUGACCCUCUGUUCGUUUCAGACGACGGGAGGCCGAUUACCGGACAUCUAUUCCAUAUCCACCUCAAGUCAGUCAUUUCGCUGUUGGGCAUCCCUGCGGACCGCUAUUCGUCUCACUCGUUUCGCAUAGGCGCCGCUACUACCGCCGCCUCCAACGGCCUCCCGGAGCUGACAAUCAAGACACUUGGCCGUUGGUCCUCGGAUGCCUACCAGCUAUACAUCCGUUCUCAUCCCUCCGAGCUGAGGAAGGCUCAGAUGGCGCUCUGCUCGUGAAUUCGCUCGCCGGGUCCUGGCUUUGGUUGCAGUGUUUGGGGUGCUUAGUUCCUCUCUUUUAUUUUUUCGUCAUUGGCUUUUUUGGGGUGUCCGCUCAGACCUCGCACAUAUUUCGCGGGCGCGGAUAUUGUCCGAGCUCUCAGUUGGAGCCCCAUACUCCCGAGCCCACGCAUCAGAUUUAUCUAUAUCAGAUUUCGGGCUCGGCAGUAAUUUCAGCACCAUGGCCAGCGACCUUGCCCAACACGCUAAAUUUGCUAUUCGCUUUUAAAUUCUGUUCCUCGAAGUGCAGUUGGUCCAGCGACCCCGUAAAGCACUUUUUCACAACUUCUCGAGUGCAGUGGUCCAGCGACCCCGUUAAGCACUUUCAUGAUCGCUUCGCCGCGCGGACGAUCACGAGAAGCCCGUUCUCCAGCGAGAACGAAGAUGUAUGCAUACAUAG